GUUUUUCGGAGAAUGACCGAGAAGCGUUUCAUAUGUUUCCGUCUAUAUGCAAUUUAGGUUUUGAUGCAUAUUGUUUUCGGGGGUUUUUCCUCUAUCAUAUUCCUAGAUUUGGUUUAUAUCGAAUGAAUGGUCGGACCUCAAUUGGGCGGAAAACGACGUCGAGUGCAAGUUGAUGAACAACAGGGAGUGCUACCGAUGUGAUUAUCAAAUGCAAGAAUGUCACGAGCUGGCUGGACCAAGAUGCAAAUCGGCUGGAGGUUCCGGAGACUGCUUAACAUUGCUCGGAGAAUCACGGAGUAGCGGCGAUCGUUUUCUCUAGGUUCUGGGUAAUUUUUAGUGUACACCAAAAUGGAGGAGGCGUCUUCCUCAUGCACGGUGACGCAACGACUACAGGCUGAUCUGGAGCGAGUUGUGGGUUCUUUGUAUGCGGAUUUUGGUUCUGCUGCGAGUAAGGAGCGCACUGAGCUGCUAACGUUGUACACUGACCAUCAUGAGACAUACGUUACUCGGGGCCUGCGGCGAUUGAGCGCUGGUUUUUACGUACUGGAUUCAAGUCGACCUUGGUUGUGCUACUGGAUUCUGCACUCUUUGGCUCUGCUCGGGAGGCCUGUCGAUGGAGCUUUAUAUAAUCGUUCUGUCUCCUUUUUAAAGCACUGCCAGGACCCCGAAGGUGGAUACGGUGGUGGACCUGGCCAGAUGCCUCAUCUGGCUACAACGUACGCUGCAGUGUGUGCCUUAGUGACAUUGGGUGGAGAAAAAGCCCUUGCUUCUAUCAAUAGGGAGAAGACUCUCCAGUUUCUUCUUCGUAUGAAAGAUCCGUGUGGUGGCUUCAGGGUGCAUGAUGAUGGUGAGAUGGAUAUGCGAGGCUCGUAUACGGCGUUGGCGGUGGCACACCUAUUAGACAUCAUGGUGCCAGAACUGGUCGUAAACGUCGGGGAAUUUGUGCGGAGUUGUCAGACUUACGAAGGUGGCAUUGGAGGCGAACCAGGAGCGGAAGCACAUGGUGGGUAUACAUUUUGCGGAUUGGCAGCCCUGGCGCUGGUUAACCAAUUGCAUGUCUUGGAUCUGCCUGGUCUUGUGAACUGGGUUGCUUUUCGCCAAGGUAGAGUGGAGGGAGGAUUUCAAGGACGCACGAACAAACUUGUUGACGGAUGCUACUCUUUUUGGCAGGGAGGCUGUUUUCAAGUACUUCAACAAUACAUGCCUCAUUUAUGGGCACAGCAGAACACCUCUAUGGCUGCUUUGAAUAAAUUAAGUGAUCUCUCAGAACAGAUCAAUCCAGAAUCCGAGGAUGUAGCUAAUGCCAUGCAAGUUGAUUCAAGGGAGAAAGAGGAUGAGGCUGCUAGUGUUAGACCGGAGGAGAAACCUCUACCUUCUACAAGAUCUGGGUUAGACACCGUGAUUAAUCUGAACCCCCUGACAGAAGCGCUCGACGAAACACAGCUUACUUUGAAGUCAAGCAAGGAAACUCAUGGAGUAGGCGAGCCAGUUCCCAGCACCGCCGGAGACUCCUUAUCUGCCGUUACUGCAGACAAGAUGAUUGUUGAUGAUGGUGAGGAGUUUCGUUCUCCGUCAAGACAGUCUCCAACAUCAAAGGAGUGGAACGGUGAUGAUGAAGGUUGUGUGUUUUGGGAUUCAGACAGCUUGAGAGGUUUCACCUCUGCUGACAAACUUUUCCCUAUGGUUGAGAUUGGAUUUCACCGUGAACCACAGAGUGUUAGAUGUGUAGAGGUCGUUGAAGCGCCACAAGCCGUUGCACAGGAUUCGGGAGCUGGAACUACCGAGAGUAGUAGCAACUCCUCACGCUCUACGGUUGAACUUGACAGUAUAGAUGAGUGUCUAUAUGGGCCUAUCUUCAACUCGCAAGCACUUCAGGCUUACAUACUUCUGUGCUGUCAAGAUUUGUAUGGUGGACUCCGAGACAAACCGGGAAAGAGUUGCGAUUAUUAUCAUGCUUGUUAUUGCCUGAGUGGUUUGUCUGCCGCUCAAUAUUCCACAGCUCAUCGUGUUGGUGGUCCUCCCCCUCCGUCUGGUGUUCUUGGACCGUACAGCAACUUGUUGGAGGCUACUCACGCUCUCUGCAACGUGCGACUUGAUCGGUAUUAUGGGGCUCGAAAGUUUUUCCAGAGCUCAUAAGAAUCUUAAGACAUUUUUGUAGAUAUCAAAGUCCUGUUGUCGUAGGAUGAGCUGGUCUUAGAUUCGCAGGUCGAAGUUAUAUUGCAGGGUUGGGUGAGGAAUGAAUGCAGUAGCUAGAGUUUUGACGUCGGAGACGAUGUCACGUCCGGGAGAUGGUCGGACUACGCGAGUGGGUGUGACAGUCAUAGUAACAGGUCGUUAGGACCGGACCACCACGUGUCAAGUUCAAGUCAAGUCCAAGCUUUAGCUUGUGUACAAUUUCGAAAAGUAUGAAUUGUUCUUGGACGCCAGUAUUCCGUUACAUGCUUCUGUCGGAUGGCU